GAGAUGAGUCUCACGCCAACUUGUCAACAGAACCCUUCUCUUUCGUCACCGUCCCGUGUCAUUUGAAAACGAUUUUUUCCAAUUAAUUAAUUUAGAUUAAACCCACAAGAUUUUCUGUGCAGCCACCGAAGAAAAAAAUAAAAUUAGCCGGAGAGAGAAAAAAGGGUCGCACACACACAAGCUUUAAAUGCGAGUUGGUUGAAUUGUAUCUUCUUUCAAUUUCAAUCUUCUCUUAAGGUCUAAGCAUUGCGCAAGAGCAAGAGCGCGUUUUUUUUUUCUUCUUAUUCUCUCAUUCCUCUUCAUAAUAUUCUUGUUGUUGUUGUGUUGUUACCCUAUGUUAUGUUAUUAUAUAAAUUAACAUUAACAUAUAACAUAUAUUAAUAACUCCUCCUUAAACCCAAAUCUUGUGACAUCAGAUUCAGACCGUACCCACCCCUUUUGCUUGUUUUCCUUUGUGGGUUGGGUUUCCAAUCGUGCAAUUUCUGAGACACCCAGAUGGAGUUUGUGCCAAAUCCGUGUCCUUUGCGUUCAUCUUCCUUCGUGAAUCUCGUUGAGAGGGUUAAACAGCUUGGUACCCUUGCCGUUUCUGCUGUCAUUGGGAACAUUUUCUCCGCGAUCUUGACCUUUUGCUUCGCGUUAGUGGGCACUUUGUUGGGGGCUUUGACAGGAGCUUUGAUAGGCCAAGAAACUGAGAGUGGCUUCAUUCGAGGGGCUGCGGUUGGUGCCAUAUCAGGAGCUGUUUUUUCCAUUGAAGUGUUCGAAUCCUCUCUUGUUCUAUGGCAAUCUGAUGAAUCUGGGAUUGGUUGUGUCUUAUACUUGAUUGAUGUUAUUGCCAGCUUACUGAGUGGGAGACUUGUGCGCGAGAGGAUAGGUCCAGCCAUGUUGAGUGCUGUUCAGAGUCAGGUAGUUUGCUUUGCACAACGGCUUUUUGCAAUGAUGACACUGAAAUUUUCUUAUGCACUUCCUGUACUGGCUGACACUUUUGCUCUUGCUUAUCAGAUGGGUGCUGUUGAAAACAGCUUUGAUGAGGUUCAAAACAUCUUUGACACCGGUGGUGCCAAAGGUUUGUCUGGAGAUUUGGUUGAAAAAAUCCCAAAAAUCAAAAUUACAACUGACAACAAUGUUGAUGCAUCUGGGGAUAGAGUUUCUUGUUCAGUUUGCCUGCAGGACUUUCAGCUUGGAGAGACAGUGAGAAGCUUACCUCAUUGCCAUCACAUGUUUCACCUACCUUGCAUAGAUAAGUGGCUAUUCAGACAUGGUUCUUGCCCAUUGUGCAGAAGGGAUCUGUAAUUUUGUAUAUGCAUAGCAGAGACCGUUAUAUAAGACCUAUUUUUUUUCUUCUUUUUGUUUAUAAUCUUAUUUAAUUCUAGGACUUACAUCUAGUGGGAACCAUGGCAGUUUGGGUGGUAUCAUUGUACUAAAUUAGUGUAAAGAAAAUUUUGUGAUAAAACAGUUUCCACUUGUUGUAUAUGGAUGAGUUAUUGACCCUAUUUCCA